GUACUCGACUUCCAAGGUUAUUCUCUGAUCGCCGCAUCACUGCAUUACCGCUUUCACACCAUUGCUGCGGUUGCGUUUCCAGUAGCUGAGGUCAUGUACCUCAAAUGCCACGGCUUCCCCCUGCUUUGAUUCGUCAAGCUGCCUCAGAAAACCGAUAUUUGCCGCUCUUACUCCGAGUAUGCCGAGAUCUUUCCUCCGCUCGAAACGAACUUCGUUGGCUUCAUGAACAUGCCUGCGACACGGUCGCCUCGAGUAGACACAGAGCCCAAUACGGCAGGAUACCAACGUCGUCCCGUGGACGUAGGAGUUCUGGGGAGGCGGUUUCAUCCAGUGUGAACGGCAACGUUUCGGUGAACAUUGAGGGCAAUACCCGAAUCAGACGCAGCAGUGAUGGCGUCCACAGUACUGCAGCCCGGCUGGACGGCAGGCAUGUCCGGAACAGGUAUUUCUCUACUACACAUAUACUGAAGGAAGACGCAACGAGUAGUCCGAAUAGGGCCAGAGGGACAAUAAGGCUCAAGUUGCCCGCGUGUAAGGAUAAACCAAACGAGGCCGAUUCUGAUCGGUCGUUUCGAAGCCAUGGUUAUCGAAAGCGUACUGCCCAUCGAGGACUUCCCGCCAGGAGACAUGAGACGAAGCCACCGGCAGACCCUGAACCUACGAUUGUGCAAGGGGAAAGUCUGGAAGACCUGCCCGCAGUAAAAGAGGAAGAGAGAGAACCGACAGACGCAGCCGCGGUAGGACACGAGCCGAGAGACCCGGCCGCAGUGGGUGGCGAAGAUAUCACAGCCGGCUUUCCCAUGCCUGAAAUCGGCUUGCACACGAUCCCGGAUCUUGACGACGAGCUUCAAAAACAUCCUUCUCCGUCUCCCAACCGCUUCAGAUCAUGCCUUUUCGGGCCAGAAGAUACUGCUGCCAACACUGGGGACUUGCAGUCCAAGUCUAUAGGUGAAGAUCCCAGCCAUCAUGAGGUGGAAAAGUUUCGAGUUCGCAAGUUCUUGUCUAAAUCCAUUUCCGACAGGACUUCGGGAAUGCCCUUACAAUACAUUUUGGGGACUCAGCCCUUCGGCAAUCUUAUCAUUCGGACACCAAAAGGUGUAUUAAUCCCAAGGCCGGAGACCGAAUCAUACACUGAACACAUUGCCGAAUACCUCCGCUUUGUCGUGGGUGGCCUGGCAAGGGACACCGGCUCUGAUAGCGACAGAAAAGUCCGGAUCCUCGACUUAUGCACCGGAACUGGAUGCAUGGGCCUCCUUGUUCAUUCCAUACUCAAACCAGCAGAGCCAGCAACCAGGGCAUCCCCCUGGGUUUGGCCCGAGCAUUUUGAACUUGAAGUUCUUGGUGUCGACUAUAGCAGCAGGUGUGUGGCAGUAGCCAAUUACAAUCUGCAGCGCAACCUGGAGAUGAAAUUGCUACAUCCAGAUGCCAAAAGAGAUAUCUCCUUCCGGGAGGGAGAUGUAUUGAAGCUGGCAAAAAUGGCCGAAGAAGGUGACGAGGUGUCUAACGGCCUUCUUGAGUUUCUGAAUGAUCGAUUGAAUGCACCUGGCGAAAGAAGCACGUGGGAUGUGAUCAUUGCAAACCCACCAUACAUAUCGCCGAGAGACUAUGCGCCCGGUGGAAGAACCGAGUCAAGUGUGCGCAAGUACGAACCGAAACUAGCAUUGGUACCUGACGAUGCCCCCUCCGUCCACCCAGGUGAUCUUUUUUACUGGCCUCUGUUCCGUGUCUCUCGAGCAAUUGGUGCAAAGCUUUUGGUUAUGGAAGUUGGCGAUUCGGAUCAAGCGUACCGGGUCCAUAAUAUGGUUGGUAAGGAUUUCAGAUAUCAAGCGACGUUGAAAGGCGACUCAAUGCUCCUGCAGUGCUGGAAGGAUGAUGGCUCCGUGAAGACACUACGCAACCGGGGUCCAAGAAGUGGGCCGCGAAAAGUCAAGUCUCCCGAAGAAGCUUCUGACCGUGCCAUCUUCUUAUUCACAGGCACAUUUGCCGAAUGGAGACGAAAGACAUCGUAUGAAAUUCACUUUUCUGAAGAGGCUACCUCCCCUCAUUCUGAGGGCAUAGCAAAUAUGCAAGACUCCGAAGACGAUGCCGAGUUGACUGGGAACAGUCAUAGCGCCCGAGACAAAGACAGGGAGCAGAACAAAGGCAGUCCAGCACAGGAGCAGACCUCCAUAAUCGACGAUGCCGAUCCUGACACGCCUUCUGCCGAGGUAGAUCCUGCCGCAACUCAAACCUCUGACGAGAUUGCCCCGGCAAACGGGACAAAGUCGUCUAAAGAGGCAAAGGCAAACCGCAAAAAGUCAGAGGCCAUCAGAAUUGCUGUCAUGAGGUUGAAGGCAGCUUUCGGAAUGGAAGGUUCUGUGGAUAUCUCUAAUACGAAGGAAGCAGACAUCCUAGAACCCGUUCAAAGGAUUGCUAUGGCACUUGAUAAUGCCGCCCAAGAGUACAGUGCGGAAAAGCAUGAAAAAAAGGUCGCAAAACCUCUUCCCAAAGAGAUCCAGAACGUCCGAAAGUUGACAUGGCAGAGGAGCCGCAACAGCUCAAGGGCCAGAAGAAAGUAGAUGUCGGCAAGC